AUGUCUUCUCUGGUCUCUGAAUUCAUUAUCAAUCCGGUCCUCCGGCAAGCACGUCGCUUUUCUGAGAUCUCGAGAACAACCCUUGUCCCCGAACCUGAAGUACCGUCCGACGCUGUCGCCGUCGCAAGCGACUCGGAAACCCCCGCAAGCCGGCAUGCCACCCAUCCCCCUGCCGAGUCGCCCCCGGAACGGCCUCUGAGCGCUUCUACACUGUCGCCGACCGUCGAAGCCGAGCAACCUCCGUCCGCCCCAGCACGUGCGCCUGCCGCAACGUUCCCUAUGACCGUUCCGAUGCCGCCACCAAAGGGUGAAUCCUUGCCAGCAGACGAUGGCAUGGGCGCAUUACGAAAGCGCCUCAUCGGCAUCCAGACUCAAAACAUACCAGCAGAGGAUAAGGCUCGGCUCAUGCACGAGGUCUUGAUGGAGGGAUACCGCAAGUCGCGGGUCACUCCGCAGCAGGGCGAUUCAAAUGUGGAAGCUCUCCCGGCAGGCGAGGCAUGGGAGCAAUCGCUCCCCAUAGGCCCUCUAGAGUCGUUAAAGUUCUGGCAGCAUCCUCUGGGAGAGCCUUCGUCUCCAGAAAAGUUUUUGUUAACGGCAGAGGAUGUUCGGCCGACAUACGCCCCGGCGAAGCCUACGACGAGAGAAGAGCCCGAGGGUGCGAAAACCCUAGGUUGCCAGCAUUAUAUGCGCAACGUCAAGUUGCAAUGCUCGACUUGCCACAAGUGGUAUACAUGCCGCUUCUGCCACGAUGCGGUCGAGGACCAUACCCUGGUUAGGAAAGAAACCAAGAACAUGCUUUGUAUGCUCUGCGCAUGUCCUCAACGAGCGUCAGAAGUUUGCGUCAACUGUGGUGUGACAGCAGCUCGCUAUUACUGCAAUGUAUGCAAGCUCUGGGAUGAUCAUCCAUCGAAGAGCAUCUAUCACUGCAAUGACUGUGGUAUAUGCAGGCGUGGAAUAGGCAUAGGGAAGGACUUCUUCCACUGCAAGAAAUGCUGCGCAUGUAUAUCCAUAUCUAUUCAACAUUCACACAAAUGUAUCGAGCGCUCAACCGACUGCAACUGCCCAAUCUGUGGCGAGUAUAUGUUUACUUCCCCCAAACCAGUCGUCUUUAUGCUUUGUGGCCACAGCAUUCAUCAGAAGUGCUAUGACGAACACAUGCUGCGGUCUUACAAGUGUCCUAUUUGCAACAAGAGUUUAUUGAACAUGCAGAGUCAAUUUCGCCAGUUGGAGCUAGCCAUUCUGAGCCAGCCGAUGCCUCCAGAAUUUCGGGAUACCCGCGCCACAGUUCUGUGCAAUGACUGCAGUGGCCGAAGCUCGGUGCCGUACCACUGGCUGGGCCUUAAGUGCGCCAUCUGCACCUCGUAUAACACGGUGGAGCUGCAAAUAAGCGGUGGAAGAGAUGGAACACCCCCCACACCAGCGAAUUCCGUUCCAGUGCAACUAAGCCCAGCGGCUGUUGAGACCCCAACUCCCAUCAGAGGCGACGUACCUUCAAGCGGCCGGCGAAGACACUCAUCUCACGCCGGACCUGAGGCACGAUUCGUGAUGUUGGAUCGGCUGGCCAGGUCAGCUUCUCCAGGGCCUACGCCCGGACUACCGCCAAACGCUCUCCAUGGGGCAAUCGAGGAAGAGGAGUCGGAAAAUGACAUAUUGGAUCUUUGGGGUCGGGGCCGGGGUCGGCACGACUCUGAAGACGAUAGUGAUUACAUGUCUACCGAUUUGGACGAGGAAGAAGAUGAGUAUGACGAUGAAGACGACGAUGACGACGACGACAACGACUUCAUGCUCAUCGGACAUCGUUAA